AUGUUAAAUCAAAAAGGUGCCAUUGGAAUGACAAGCUUUACAUUAUGGACUAUUUUCGCUGCAAAUAGCCCUGAUGAAAGUAGAUGGAUUGGUACAAAAGAAAAAGAAAUGAUAACUGCUAGCCUAAAAACUGGGGAAUCUGAAAAAUCCAUUAGCUCUAGAAGAGUAAGAUAUGUAAAAAAAUUUCUCUAAAAAUUUAGUUAAAUACGGGAAAAGUCCCUUGGAGUAAAAUGGCUAGGAGUAUACCCUUAUGUGCUGGAAUUAUUGGGCAAUUAAACUAUUCAUUUUGUACAACGUUGUUGCAAUCUUAUUUACCUACCUAUUUGAAGGACUAUUUGAAAUUGAGUUUAAAUGAAGUGAUUAUUAUAUUGUUUAGUAGAGAUCGAGCUGG